AUGGCUGAACAUGUUGAUGACGAAGGGGAUGCCCAGAAUGUAAUUAAUCCUAUUGUUUUUGCGGAUGAUAGAGCCAGAGAAAUACGGGAAUACGCUGCCCCCAUGUUUAAUGAGCUCAAUCCAGGCAUUGUGAGGCCCGAAAUACAAGCACCUCAGUUUGAGCUCAAGCCGGUUAUGUUUCAAAUGCUCCAAACAGUGGGGCAGUUUAGUGGGAUGCCAACGGAAGAUCCUCAUCUCCACCUUCGUUCAUUUUUGGAGGUGAGCGAUUCUUUUAAGCUUCAAGGAGUAAGUGAAGCGGCGUUAAGGCUGAAGUUAUUCCCGUUCUCUUUAAGGGACCGAGCUAGAUCAUGGCUCAACACCCUUCCUCCCGAUUUCGUUACAAAUUGGAAUGACUUGGCUGAGAAAUUUCUAAGAAAAUACAUCCCUCCCACCAGAAAUGCAAAGUUCAGAAGCAAAAUUAUGUCUUUUCAGCAGCUUGAAGAUGAGUCCACUAGUGAUGCGUGGGAAAGAUUUAAAGAGCUUUUGAGAAAAUGUCCACACCACGACAUACCACAUUGUAUACAAAUGGAGACGUUCUACAAUGGUCUCAAUGCAUCCUCUCGGAUGGUAUUAGAUGCCUCAGCCAAUUGUGCCAUUCUUUCCAAAGCUCCUACAAGUAGAAAGGUGGCGGGAGUUCUUGAGGUAGAUGCCUUAAUGGUUUUAACAGCUCAAAUGGCCUCAAUGACCAACAUUUUAAAGAAUAUGAGUUUGGGAGGAAACAUUCAGCCAGUUGUUGCCAUUCAAAGUGGAGACAUCUCAUGUGUUUAUUGUGGAGAUGGGCACACGUUUGAGAACUGUCCUUCAAAUCCAGCUGCGGUUUGUUAUGUGGGUAACCAGAAUUUCAACCGCAACAAAAACCCAUACUCAAAUUCUUAUAACCCAGCGUGGAGGCAGCAUCCGAAUCUGUCAUGGGGGGGUCAAGGAGCAAGUUCAAGUGGAGCGCCAGCACAAGGGAAACAGUCAGUUCCGCCAGGUUUUUCUCAAUAG